GACAGGGGUCAGACCGAUGGCGGCGACAUAUGGCACGGUCAGAGGAGAGGUGAGCGGUGAUGGCUGGAAAUCAAGGGAGAAGAAGGUUUCAAUGGCGAUGAGGCUGGCUCCUGUCCUGGGGCUCGUGGCAGUUGCAGCAGCAUGCGUGGUGGUAGUGUCUCUACGGCAGGCUGACCGGAGGAUCGAGCAGGUGAGCUCUCAGGCAGAGUUAGCUCUUGCAUGCCAGUCCGCUCACGUCUCUUGCUUUAGGACCUGUACGCGUUCAAGGAGGAUGAUUUUCACAACAGGAACAUCGUAUGGAAUGGGAGGCAUUGGGUUCACGAGAGCACAGGGAAGAAAAUCUCUAUGCGCUCCCAGUCCACCCAGCAGCUCGCCCAGAUGCAGGCGCUGGCUGACGUGACGGCCACUGCGCAUCCCAACUAUGACUGCUGCUACAUCCCCAAGGCAAGUGCGCACAAUGGUGGGGUUCAUGUGGCUGGAUCCAGCCAGCUUGUGGAGUCCGGAAUGUUCUGCCACAUGGCUAUCAAGAACUAUCCGUCGGGGAAGUGGCCGAUGAUCAGAAUAGGAUCGCUGAGGGAGGCUGGAGUGACCACGGAGGAAGGUCAAGGGAACGGCAUGCUGAUGGACCACAAACUCCACCACUGCAGGAACGACCUGAUCUUCAAGUCGCAGAAUGUUGCCAUCCUGGCAGUGCCUGAUGUGCAGAUGCUGUCACUACAGUAGAUUUUAUUGAUUACUUACAAAUUGUUGAACAUAGAUUUGAUGUGUUUGUGACAAAUUGUAUUAAAGCAUUG